UCGCUUUAUCUGUGUACGGCUCUUAAGUUCUGAUUAUUGUCGAAAAUCAUCCAAUCUGGCAACCAGGCUGCAAAGAUUCGCUCCGAUCUGGCAACCCAGUAUACGGGUGUGGAAAGCAGCUGUCGAUGGAGCUUUACUUCAGUACACGUUUGCUGUUAUCUGCAGUAAUAGGGGGCGGCGAACAGUUACGUUAAACCCCCUCUGUAUUUUUUUUUUUGUCUUUAGCUAGUUACUUUACAUAUCUUUCUCCAAGAACCAGGUAUUUACAUUUUAUUUUUCCGUAACAUGGCUGCUCUCUCAGCCUGGUUUUGGAGCGAGGACUUCUGGCUUCCUCACAACGUGAGCUGGGCGGACCUGGCGAAUCCCGCGCCCGGGGUGGAGUACCCUCGAGCCGGGCACUUACUCAGUGCUUUCCCGAUGGCCUUGGGCUUAUUCGCUGUUAGGAUAUUUUUCGAAAGGUUCAUCGCAGGUCCUUGUGCACACAUCCUCCACAUCCAGGCCGAGGUGAGCCGGAGAGCCCAGCCAAAUGCUGUCCUAGAGAAAGUGUUUACAUCCAUCUCAAAGUGUCCAGAUGCACGUCAGCUGGAUGGUUUGUCGAAGCAGCUUGACUGGGAGGUGAGGAAGAUCCAGCGAUGGUUUCGUCAUCGAAGGAAUCAGGACAAACCUAGCACAAGGACCAAGUUCUGUGAGAGCAUGUGGAGGUUUACAUUUUAUCUGGGUAUAUUUACCUAUGGGUUCUGCUUUCUAUGGCAGUCUCCCUGGAUGUGGGACACACGACAGUGCUGGUACAAUUAUCCAUAUCAGACCCUCAGUCCUGGCCUGUAUCACUACUAUGUGACAGAGCUGGCCUUCUACUGGUCUCUCAUGUUCUCCCAGUUUACAGACAUUAAAAGAAAGGACUUCCUCAUCAUGUUUGUGCAUCACUUGGCCACUGUGAGCCUGAUCAGCUUCUCAUAUGUGAACAACAUGGUGCGUGUGGGCAGCCUGGUUAUGUGUGUGCACGACACCUCCGACUUCCUCCUGGAGGCUGCCAAGUUAGCUAAUUAUGCCAAAUACCAACGCCUGUGUGACUUCCUGUUUGUGGUAUUUGGUGCAGCUUUUAUUGGGACAAGGCUCAUCAUUUACCCUUUUUGGAUCCUGAACAGUACGAUGUUUGAGAGCUGGGAGAUCAUCGGGCCAUACCCUUCAUGGUGGCUCUUUAAUGUUCUGCUGCUGGUGCUGCAGGUGCUGCACAUCAUCUGGUCCUACCUCAUAGUACGCAUCGCCUUCAAAGCCCUUAUGAGAGGAAAGGUAUCCAAAGACGUGCGUAGUGAUAUCGAAAGCAGCUCAGAGGAAGAGCCUGAAAUGACUCCAACCCGCGCAGCUUCUGCCAAACGGGAAAAUGGCACCAAUGGCCAUUUUGGCUCCCAGCCCUGGACCCGGAAAGAUGAGAGCUGGUGACGCUGCGACACUUUGCGAGCCGUUCACAAGACCGGUUAUUACUGCAGCAUCUUAAUUCCACUCCUUCACUGUUUCCUGACCAAACUGUAAAAUAUAAUGAAGCACUCUACACACAUUCCCCAGUUUUUACACACAGAGUUGACAUUGUGUUAAAUGUUGACCAUGCUGAUGAAGUGCUGAAUCAAGUUGGCUGUAUGGACACUGAUGCUUCGUAUGUGUGUGUGGGGAAAGAGACAGUGAGAUUAAAUGAUAAAUUUUUUUAUUAUAUUUUAUGCAUUAUCUUGUUUCAGAAGUGGGAGUAUGCUCACUCUUCCUAAAUCUUCAUGUUUUACUGAAGUCAAGGAGGAACUUUUCCCUUUCAUCUUUUCUUUCUCCAUGUCUGAUUUUUCUUUAUUUCUUACUUUUUUUAAACCACACAUUUCACCAUUGAGCUACUUGUUUGCCUGUCCUGUUUUUCAUUAUGCUUGAUUUUUAUUGAGACCAAAUGAAUUUAUUAAAAUAUGACUUUAUCCCUUCAUAUUAGAUGAUUUGGUACUCCAGUAUGUCAUGAAAAAUUGAUACGCAGUUGCCAGAAGAAGUACUAGAUAGUUCAUUCGAUAAAUCAAUCAUCUCCGUGUAAGAAGAUAAAAUUAAGUUUCUAAAAAUUAAAUGGACACCAUUGUCCCUUCAUUGCAAAUGCAGAGGAAUGCAUCAGUCAGGUAAUAUGUUUGGUGUCUGUUUUAUUGAGUCCACUUCCAAAUUUAUGAUUUGAAUUGAAUUAAAAAAUGAAUUGAUUGUCA